UGCGGGAACUGGGGCGUUAGCUGCGUCCCGGCUCGGAGCCCGCGAAGAGGACGGGAAACGAGGCGCCGCCGUGGCCGCGGCCGCAGUGCUCCGGGCGCGCCAAGCCAUGAGCGGCGACCCCGCAGUCGCUGGCCGCCGCUGAGCCGGGGCCGGAGCCGGAGCCAGCUUGCCGCCACCCAGCACCCUCUCCAGCCGGCACCCAGAGAAACAUGAUUCCGGUGACAGAAUUCCGGCAGUUCUCUGAGCAGCAGCCUGCCUUCCGGGUGCUGAAGCCAUGGUGGGAUGUAUUUACCGAUUACCUCUCAGUGGCCAUGCUGAUGAUCGGCGUGUUUGGAUGUACGUUACAGGUCAUGCAAGACAAGAUCAUCUGCCUUCCGAAAAGAGUGCAGCCUGCUCAGAACCACUCGUCCAUUUCAAAUGUCUCCCAGGCAGCUACCAGUACCACCCCACUGCCCCCACCCAAGCCUUCUCCUGUUAACCCUGCCACUGUGGAAAUGAAGGGGCUGAAGACAGACUUGGACCUUCAGCAAUACAGCUUUAUAAACCAGAUGUGUUAUGAGCGGGCCCUUCACUGGUAUGCCAAGUAUUUCCCUUACCUUGUCCUCAUCCACACCCUGGUCUUCAUGCUCUGCAGUAACUUUUGGUUCAAAUUCCCUGGCUCCAGCUCCAAAAUAGAGCAUUUCAUCUCCAUUCUGGGGAAGUGCUUUGACUCUCCCUGGACCACUCGGGCUCUCUCGGAGGUGUCUGGGGAGGAUUCAGAAGAAAAGGACAGUAGGAAGAACAACGUGAAUCGGUCCAAUACCGUCCAGUCUGGUCCAGAAGGCAGCCUGGUCAACGCUCAGUCGCUCAAGUCCAUUCCAGAGAAGUUUGUGGUGGACAAAACCACCGCAGGAGCCCUGGAUAAAAAGGAAGGGGAGCAGGCCAAGGCCUUGUUUGAGAAGGUGAAGAAGUUCAGAUUGCAUGUGGAAGAAGGGGAUAUACUCUAUGCCAUGUAUGUGCGCCAGACCGUACUUAAGGUUAUCAAAUUCCUGAUUAUCAUUGCCUAUAACAGUGCCCUGGUUUCCAAAGUCCAGUUUACAGUGGAUUGCAAUGUUGACAUACAGGACAUGACUGGAUACAAAAACUUUUCUUGCAAUCACACCAUGGCACACUUGUUCUCAAAACUCUCCUUUUGCUACCUUUGCUUUGUAAGCAUCUAUGGACUGACGUGCCUUUAUACCUUAUACUGGCUCUUCUACCGCUCACUACGGGAAUAUUCUUUUGAGUAUGUCCGACAAGAGACUGGAAUAGAUGAUAUUCCUGAUGUGAAAAAUGACUUUGCUUUUAUGCUUCAUAUGAUAGACCAAUAUGAUCCUCUCUACUCCAAACGAUUUGCAGUGUUCCUAUCAGAAGUCAGUGAAAACAAGCUAAAGCAGCUGAACUUAAAUAACGAGUGGACUCCUGAUAAACUGAGGCAGAAGCUGCAGACCAAUGCCCACAACCGACUGGAAUUGCCUCUUAUCAUGCUCUCUGGCCUUCCGGACACUGUUUUUGAAAUCACAGAGUUGCAGUCUCUCAAACUUGAAAUCAUUAAGAACGUCAUGAUACCAGCCACCAUUGCACAGCUAGACAAUCUCCAAGAGCUCUCUCUGCACCAGUGCUCAGUCAAAAUCCACAGCGCAGCUCUGUCGUUCCUGAAGGAGAACCUCAAGGUCUUGAGCGUCAAGUUUGAUGACAUGAGGGAGCUGCCCCCAUGGAUGUACGGACUCCGGAAUCUGGAAGAGCUCUACUUGGUUGGCUCCCUGAGUCACGAUAUUUCCAAAAAUGUCACCCUCGAGUCUCUGCGGGAUCUCAAAAGCCUUAAAAUUCUCUCCAUCAAAAGCAACGUUACCAAAAUUCCACAGGCAGUGGUGGAUGUGUCCAGCCACCUGCAGAAGAUGUGCAUACACAAUGAUGGCACCAAGCUGGUGAUGCUCAACAAUCUCAAGAAGAUGACCAACCUGACAGAGCUGGAGCUGGUCCACUGUGACCUAGAGCGCAUUCCCCAUGCCGUGUUCAGCUUGCUCAGCCUCCAGGAACUGGACCUGAAGGAAAACAAUCUGAAAUCCAUAGAAGAAAUCGUCAGCUUUCAACACUUGAGGAAGUUAACAGUGCUUAAACUGUGGUACAACAGCAUCACCUACAUCCCAGAGCAUAUCAAGAAGCUCACCAGCCUGGAACGACUAUCCUUCAGUCACAAUAAAAUAGAGGUGCUGCCCUCCCACCUCUUCCUAUGCAACAAAAUCCGAUAUCUGGACUUGUCCUACAAUGACAUUCGGUUCAUCCCACCCGAAAUCGGAGUUCUCCAAAGUUUACAGUAUUUUUCCAUCACUUGUAACAAAGUGGAAAGCCUUCCAGAUGAACUCUACUUCUGCAAGAAACUGAAAACCCUGAAGAUUGGGAAAAACAGCCUAUCCGUACUUUCACCAAAAAUCGGGAAUUUACUGUUUCUUUCCUACUUAGAUGUUAAAGGCAAUCACUUUGAAAUCCUCCCCCCUGAGCUGGGGGACUGCCGGGCUCUGAAACGAGCUGGGUUGGUCGUGGAAGAUGCUCUGUUUGAAACUCUGCCUUCUGAUGUCCGGGAGCAAAUGAAAACAGAAUAACUUAUUUUUUGUUCAAGUUUGACUGAAACACGCUUCAACCAAAUACAGUAUAAAUCAUUAGGCAGUCUUAAUGCCUUUCUUAUUAUUUUAUUUUAUUUUUCACACGAAGCAAAAUGUACACAAAGUUCAAGUAAGGAGUAUGUAUUUUUAAAUAAAAAUUUAAUUGUAUUUUUUCAGUAUUAAUAUUUUAAAGUUUUAUUUGUCCGGGAACCUAUUGUACCUAUUAUCAUUUUCUACUGGUAGUAUGAGAUGGUUCCUUCUGUUUUUGUUUUGUUUCUUCAGUUUAUUCUUAUGAAAGGGAGGGAAUGAUAAGUUGCAUGUAUUUUGGCAUUUUAGGGAUGUAUGAAGACAUUUUGCCAAGGUCACGUUCAGUUUGUUUACACCUGUGUACAGGGUCUUUGUUUUCGUUUUCAUUGUGUUCAUCACUCGCUGCCGUCUCCACUGGCUGCAUCCUUUGUUCUGUAGCACACUCUUCUCUGGUGUGCACACGCACACCAGUGCAUUGCCACAGAGUAUUGGCGUUUAGUUAUUCCCCUGCCUCCAACGGACCUCUACUGUAGCUUAUUUCAUAUUCGUGACAGUUUUCUUUCAACACAGACUGUAAAGGGGUGAAGAACGCUUCAAUUGGUCAUACAUGAUUUAAUUCAUUUGUAUUUUUACCCACAUUUAAAAACAUCAUUUGAAAACUAAGUAAGAGGUUCUCCCCAUCCUUAACAUUUCUCUGUAGUACUGGAGAAUUACCUUCAGGAAACCAGAUUAAUUCUAAUAUUCUAAUAGGUAAUUCAAUUUUUAAAAAAUCAUAGAUUUAGGAGCCUGCCUCUGGAUAAUUGAAUCAUCUUUGAGCUCUUGCUAUGCGGAUGCUCAGGCACUUUGUUAGCGAGCUGCUAUGCUCCAGCCAGGUGCUCGCCUUCUUCUAGCUAGUGCAGCAGUGUUCCUCUCUCUAUGUUCUGCCCGGUGCACAUCGGUAUGAAUCGAUUUCCCUCAGGCCUGCCCUCGCUGUGAGCGCUUGUGAUUCAAGCACGGAAACUCUGAGCUGGCUGGCUUCAGCUGUGUCUCUCAUCUAAAAUGGUUCUGUGACUUGAUUAAAGGAUAAAUAAAUUGCUAAGAGGUUGCCCUUAGCAGUAAUUUUACCGGAUGUUCAGCAGAACUUUUAUCUACCUUUCCCCUUUAAAAUCCAGCAUAGUAAAGAGUCUUGAGCAAAAUAUUUCAACAACUGCUAAGCUGUAUAGAGCAGGAAAGUGACCUAUACUGUUCACGCCCUCAACAAAGGACCAGUCCUGCUGAUCACAGGAACUUUGUUUUAUUGUCAAAUCACAGAAACAAUUUUCUGAGCCCUAGAUUGACCUAAGGAAUUUGGGGGACUUGAAAAAAAAAAAAGAAGGAGCAUGAUUUGAGUUUUCACAAUGGUGUUUUUAAAAAUUGCUCCUUGUUCCUGACAGAUUAGCCCAGUGCUACUUUGAAUCAUACAGAAGACAUUUCUGGGAACUGCUCAACAAAUGUAACACUUCUCAGUUGUGUCUUAAAUUUUACAAUACGUCAUGGGGUGAAAGGUCAGGGAAAGCAUCACUUUUCCUUUGUUUAUUAAUACAGUCAUAUAAACAGAAUUGCUUGGCAGUUUCUGCUGUGUAAGUUUUAGGUGAUUUUAUAUAGCUGAAUUAUUAAGACUUGGAAUUGAAAUAAUGACUUUAUUAUUAAUAUGUAUAAUAAUUAUAACACUGUUUCAGUUAUGUGAUGAAAUGUUCAAUUCUGAAAUAUUGUUGGUACCCUGUCUAUGAGCAGUGUGUCAUAUUUAGAAACAUAACCCCCGCUGCUUUAAGCAAACAAUUUAUCAGCAGAUUGUUGAUGGUCAACAGCACAAAAAGACCCUGCAGCAAGGUGAAUUCACAGAACAGAUGGCAAAACACUGGAUACACUAUUUUUCUGGAUAAAAUGUAUGGUUAUUUUCUGUAUCACCUUUCAAAGAGGGUGUGUUUCAGGUUAAAAUUAUAUUUAUGCUAAAGUCUUUAUCUGAUAUUAACAAUCUCUUAUAUGUUCAUAACGGAAGCAAAUCACUAAUAUGUCACUUAUCACCUGUGGCAAUUUGAUCAAAAUCAAAAAGUUGGUUUUUUUAAUGCCUUUUACAGGCUGAGCCCCCAACCUGUUUCAAAUAAUAUCCCAUAAAUUAGUAUAAACAACUACUUAGCAAGGAAAACUCAUAAAUAUUUCUAUUAAAUUUUAUAAAAAUUUACAAGUCUCAAACUGCAUUUUGAGUCUAAAUUUUCCAACUCUGGCCCUUUUUAAUAUUGUAAGUUUUUGCCCACAUUUAGCAAAAAAAAAAAAGUUACUACUCGGCCUUUAAAUGGUAAACUCAGGUAACAAACUGCUGACUUUUCUAAAAUUCUUUUACUGAUCAGCUCUCAGUAUAGGGUAUCUAAUCAUAUUCUGUAUUUUACAAGUGCUUUUGCUAGGAAAGGAACAACUAGCUCUAUUCUCCAACCUCCAUGGGAUUUCAUGAGAAACUGCUGUGUUAACUGUAAAAGCACCAUAAUGUAUUCUUAGCUCCUGUGGCUUUCUGAAGCCUGUGAUGGCUAAGAUUUUUGGUUUUGCUUUAAUGAUGAAGUGGAAAACAAACAAUUGUUUGGUGAGGAUCUGGUUGAAGGCAGCACUUAGGAAUAUUCCAGGUGAACCUACCUAAGCAAUCUGUAUUUGCUUUUUAUGUGUUGAGUUUGGUUUGCUUUCUAACACAGCAUCCUCAGUAAUCUAGGUUCUUGAAACAAAGACAUCUAUCAUUUACAGUUGUAUCUUUCCCUGACUCACCUAUGUGUUUCUCGUCCCUUGUCCCAUCGUGCUUCUCGGCUGUUUUCAUGAGUUCUAACAAUUUCACAUGGCAUCGUGUAUAGUGAGACUACUUUUUCAGGAAAAUUUGGAAAAUGUGUCUGUUACUAGUGUUUUGUGCAAGAGAUAGCUCCUUGCCUGACUCUCAGGCCAACUUUGUGGAGGAAGUUCUUGCCCUGGAAUCCUCUUUGGGUUAUUUGAGAUAAGAAAAGCCCAAAUUCUUGCAAACUUGCUGUGAUUUCUGACACUGAGAAAGAAAACGUCAUCUUUGUUUCUCUUGCUGAUGUUUUCCCAUGAGAGGUUUUAUUGUUUGUUUUCUACUAUAAGAAAAGUCUGUCUGCUGUUCAUACACUUUAUUUUACUCUCUAAUUUUGUGCUAAAUACAUGAUCCACCGUGGUGAUGCAUUUACUCCAACAGUGAACAUCUGUUGCCUGUCGUAAUGAGCUGUCAGCAAUACUUAUCAGUGAACAGAUAAGACAAAUGUCAGUAUAAUUCUAUUUGCUUUUACAGACUAAAAUUAAGAGUCAAUAAAUAUUAUUCUAUGAAUCCUGAAUCUGCUAAUGGUAGUCAGACAGUUCCAUUUUUGGUAAUAUCGUAGUAACUCAGAACAGAACUCUGUCAUCAUCCAACUAACAAAACAAAAGAAGAAGACAUCAGAAGUACUAGGGAGGACAUCACCUAAAAGAUGGAAGAACUUGUCUUCUCUUUUUCAUUUAGAAACCUAAAAAAAAUUGUGGAUCUUUUGGACCAGAACUGUAACGGUUUUCCAGUUUUGGGCCCCAGCCAUGUGCUGCUGAUUUGGUUUCAUGCCAACUUCCAUAAGAGUUAUCCACUGUUAUUCCGUCUUCCCUGAGUUAUUCACUGACAAAUGUAGUAGCAUCUCUUAAGGUCACUUUGGGGAGACAGAGGGAGGGCUCAUCCUGCUCCCAAAAUAGUUCAUUUUCCCUGAAGACCCUGAAAAGAAGUAUAAAACGGUGGACAGCUUAAUUUCUUGGCUGGGUGAAGCAAGAGUUCCGAUACGUGAUUUCUGACGAGGUAUACAUUUGCUGCUGUUUCUGAAUACCUCUGUCUCUCCCACCUGAAUCUGCCCCUUUAGUGAAUAUUUCUAUUCAGUUGAAACGCCGUGUCUCAUGUGUUUGCACUGUGUUCCUUUUGCCACUUUUUUACUCACUGUAUGUAUUCAGAUUAUGUCAGAUGCUUACAAACUUCUGAGACUCAAGAAAAUGCUUGAAAGUUUGGUUUGUGCAAAUUCAGGAUGAAUUGUCAUAAUGUUAUUUGGCUACAUCGUACAUAGAAAAAUAAAGUUGUUUUUUAACUUAA